UUUUGAAAGGUGAAACCAAAAGACACAUAUUGGUUUCCACUGAGGAGAAAGAACUUUCUUUUGUGCCAAAAAUAAAACUAACUUGUGAACGUCUUUAGUUAUAACCACAUUGUGGCAGGAAAGAGUUUUCACUGAGGGGCUAGGACAGAAUAGGGUUUUUUCCCCGUUCACUUUAAACCUCUCCCCUCAAACCUGGUGGGCUUUUUCUCAGAUUUUCCACCACUCAUCUUCACCAUUACACUGUAAACGUAUCCGGUGGUCUAUAUAGGUCUGGUGAAUAAAGCCUUCAGUCACUUCAACUCUUGACACCCCAAGGAUAGCAUUAACCAUGAGACCCUAUAUGGCAGCUAUUCUGGCCAUUGCUUUCCUGGAGAGCUUCAGUGUGUCCAUCAUAAGAGAAACCAUGGCAUCUCAGACGAUGGCACGCAGCUCAUGCAUCCCCUUGCAGUCAACAGAAAUAAACAUCAGAAGAAUUAUUGAUUAUAUAGAGCAAACCCGUCCAGUCAAAGCUGUGAUACUCAUCACCAGAAGAGGGGUCAAGAUCUGUGUGCCUCACAACCUUCCAUGGGUGAAGGAGACUAUCAAAAAACUGAAACAAAAAAAGACUAGUAAACAGAAAAAAAUUACCAGACCUAUUGCGGCAACCAGCUAAGCUGAAUCAUAAUCCUCUAAACUACAACAAAUCUGCUCAUUGGAGGCUGCUGAUAACCUCUUCUAGUUGUUAGCUGGAAAUAAAGUUUCUAAAAACAAUGUAAUUACACUGGAAUCAAAUUAUGGAUAAAGCCAAAGCAGACUGAACAA